AUGAUUAUUUUUUUAUUUAUUCUUUAAACAUAUUAAUUAAGAUUCAAUAUAACUACUCCUGAAGGGAAUCCAUCUGAAUUUAUAACCCUUUAGACUUAUUAAACAGUGAAAUUGAAAGUAGAAAUAGGAAAUUAUUAAUUGAACUAAGAAAAGAUAUUACUUUAUAUAACUGAUGAUAUUUCACAUGAGAUAACUAAAUCAUGCACUUUAAAACUUAUGAAUAGAUAAGUAGGUGAAUUGAAAAUAUAUGUAAAUGCAACAAAUACUGAAGAAAAAUCAAUAUUGACAUCAAUAGCAAUAGUAUUAUUAAAUUGUAAUUUCAUAGUCAGCAAUAAUAAUAUCACCAGCAAGAGGAAUAUUAACAUAGCCUAAUCUCUUUCCAAUAAUAUUGAGUUAGAAACUUAUUGAAUCAUAUAUGAUGCCAUUUAAUCUACCUACUAAUAAAAUAUACAAUUUGGAUAUAAUAAAUGAUGAUUUAGAGAAACCUCCUCAGAAUUUAACUCCAUUUGGAUAAGAAUUUUGGUAAGAAUAUUAAGAAAAGGAUAUAUCUAUAAUAGCAUUAACAUGGAUUCCAUUUAUGGGUAAUUGUAAAGAUUAGGGUUAUUACUUAUAUUUUUAUAAUCUAUUAGAAAAUGCAACUUUCUGUAAUUUAGUAGCAUAAGAAGAUACAAAAGUAGUAAAUAUGGUACCAACAAAUGGAUUUAAUGCUAAAGGAGAUUCUUGUAAUAUCAAUUUGGAAUGUUAUUUUUUAGAGAAUUUGAUGAUAGAAUAUGAAGGAAAUAAAUGGUGGUAAUCAGAAUAAGAUUCGCUAUUUUACAUUAGUAAAUAUGCUUUGAAUUAUAAAAUCUUGGCUGAAAAUUCAGAUGAUUCUAAAACUAAUUAUUUCUAUAAUAUGAUAUAAGCAUAAGAUGAAUCCUUAAUUGCUGUUUAAUUUAUUACUUCUGGAGUUAUCAAAAAUAGUUAUCCAACUGAAUUUACAUUACAAAUUCUCUAUAAUUAAAUAUCCUAAACUGAAAAGUAGAUUGUCUCUGCAAUAAUAACAGCAUCAAAUUAUCAAAAAGUAACAUCAAUUAUAAAUAAAUAUACAUUUAAUAUUGUAUAUCGUCCUAUGGAUUAUUUAGAAUUAAUUAAUUCUUUUUAAUUUGAUAUUACUUUAUAUUUAGUUUUAUAUCUAGUAAUAGGAAUUUUAAUAAAUAUUGGUAUUUUUGUAAUCUGGGUAAUCAAUAAAUCAAUUUCAAUAAUUCCUGAUCCACCUAAAUUGAGAAUUUAUUAAACAUUUAUUGUUGCUUUCCUACCUCCUAUUACUGGAGUCAUAAGAGCAACUAUUCCUAUUAUAAUAUAUGUUUUAAUACUAGAUAAUCUAUUUGCUCCUGAUUUAUUUUCAGGAAUAACAUAUAAUUAUGAUGGAUUAUCUACUGAUUUUGAUAAUGAAUAAUAAUAUUAAAAAGGAAGAGUUGGACUUAUGUUAGUUGUAUCUGGAAUUAUUAUUAUGAAAAUAGCUUGUAAAUUGUGUAUUCCAAAACCAAUUGAUGAAGAUUGGGGAAUUAUUAGAUCUAAUAUUGAAAAGAAAAAUGAAGAGAAAUAUUAUGAUUUUAGUAUUAGUGAAGAAGAAUCUAAAGAAAGUCCUAUGAAAUAAGAUGAAAUCAGAGAAGCUUAAGUUACUUCCAAAAAUGUUGAGAAUAAUCUUUAAUCAAAUAGUAUUAGUAGAUAAGGUUCCUUAUUUUCAAAAUAAUAACCCAUUCCAGGAUCUGCUCCUCCUAUGACUAAAGAAAAGGAACCAACCAUGCCAAAGAAUUCACUCUUCAAAAAAGCCACUAUUCUUAAACAAAGUAGUUCUAUCAAAGAUAAUUAAUCAUUAAAGGAUUCUAUAAGUCCUGUCUAACUCUUACAAAGAUAGUAAUAAUUUAUAUAUAUUAAUUUUUUACAGAAAUUCAUCUGGAAAUCCCAUUGAUAAAAAGUAAUCAAUAUUUAAUUAAGCCUAAUAGAGUCAAUAACCUUAAAUAAAUCAAAAUUAAUAAGCAGAUGAAGAGGAUAUUAUAGAUAAAUUAAAAGAUAGUUUAAUAAGUAAAGAUUAUCAUUAUUAAUUAAUUUGUAUUAUGAUAGCUGCUUUAUUAUUAUUCUUUCUUGGAUUUUCAUAUGAAUAAUUAUUUUAUAAGAAUAUAUAUUACUUUUUGAUUGUCCUCUAAUUUAUUGAAUCUUUUGUAUAUUGGCUUUUAAGUGAAUAUCUAUUAGAAGAAUAAACACUCAUAUAACCUUUGAUGGCAUGUUUGGAAGUAGUCCAAUUUAUAAUGUUUAUGGCUGCUGAAUCAUUCUAAGAAUUUGUUAUCUCUUUUGUAAUUAGACUUUCUUUAAUUAUUGUAUUCAGAACUUACAUUAAUCCUGUUAUUAGAAAUUUCAAACAUUUUAAAAAGAAGCUUAUGAAUUUUAUGAAUAAAUGGCAACCUUUCUUUAGUUUAGAAUCAGAAUAAGAAAAAUAACCUGAAGAUAAUAUUUCAUUUUAUUUAGGAUAACAUACUGAUUCUAAAUUUACAGAGGAUUAAUCAAUUGAAUAUGUUAUCUAAAUGACUUUAGGUUUCAGUAGUAAGGUUCAUGCAAUCUUUAUUAAACCUAUUGUUUUAGUAUUCAUCAAAUUAUUUGAAAAAGAGUCUUAGAUUACUAAUAAUUACUAUAUAGGCUUUAGAGAAUUUAAUUAUUAUAUUUACUUUGCUUUUUUUGUUAUAAUUCCUCAAAUCUUUAUAGAUAUUUAUGUUUUGAAUAGUUUAGAAAUGAUUUAUGGAUUUAAAUUAUUUGAUUAUUUUGAUUAUUGUAAAUAUAGAAAUGAUUUCAGAAUCUAAAAAUUCUUUGAACAUUCCUUAACUUAUGAUCGUAGUAUUGAUGCUUAAUAUAGAUCUAUAGAUAAUAUGAAAUUUACAGAUUAAUUUUAUUAUAAUGGUAGUUUAGUUAUAUAUAGUAUACUCCUUUGUAUAUUAGGAACUACCAUUAUGAUUAGAAAUAAUUAUGUAUUAUAUUAAGAUCCUGCUAUUUUCUUAAUCAUUUUAUUUAUCUAUAUAUUUAUUACUUUACUUUAAAAUAUGAUGUUGUAUAUAUGGAAUAAAAUAGAUGUUUGGAAGAUUAAAGACACAAAGUAAAAAUUAAAUUUGGAUUCAUUAGAAGAAUUUCUUAAUCCUGCAAAAGAAAAUAUUGAAUAAAUUAUAGAGGUUGAUGCAUUUAAAAAACAUUUUAUCAAAUUAAAUAAAGAUUGGUUAGUAUCUAAUCUGGAAUUAUUUAUAAAUGUAGAUUAAUUUACAUAGCAUGAUGAAUUUCUAUUGUAAACAUAUUAAUUAUUAUUGAAUGAUGAAAGAAAAGCAUAAAAAGAGAUUAUUAGAAAUGAAUAAAUGAUUAAAAAAUAAAAAGAAUUAGAAUUAAAAUCAAAGAAAAAGAGAAGAAAAACAUCAUAAUCAUAAUCUAUCAUUAAGUCUCAAAGAGAUAUUGAAGAAAUAGAUGGAUAUUAACAUACUAUUAGAAUUAAAAGAUCAUAGGUUGAAAAUUUAAGAAAGAUAUUAUCAAUUUGGUAUUAUAAGGCAAAAUAGACACUUUUUUUAAAAUAUUUAGUAUCAGAUGUAUUAGCUUAAAAUUAAGCUGAACAUUGUAAAAGAUGUGGUUUAGAUAUUGAAUUAAGAGUUGUUGAAUUAAUACCAUUUGAAAAAAUGUCAAAUCAAUUUAAAUAUAGAAUAAUGGGUACUCCAUUUAAUAAAUUUGAAUGGAUUAAAUAUUAUGAAACUCAUUAAAAAUUUGUUACAUUAUGUAUUGAUUGUGAGAAUGCUUAUAAAAGUAGAUUUUUAUAAAGAUAAAAUUAAAGUGCUAAUGAUGUAGCUAAAUUGGCAUCAUAGAAUUUUGUUGCAAAAGCAUUUGUAUUUAAAUGGCUUUAUGCUGCAAGAGCUAGGAUGUUACAUAAAAAAUCAUAAACAGUAGAAAAAUUAACCUAUUGA